GCUUUUUUGACGUUUCGUUAUGUCAAACGAUUUAACCCAACUUUUUGUAGCGGUUAGUUAGCCAUUUGAACAUUUAAAAUUACCUUUCGAUAAUUGGUUGCUCUCCCGAAAAAACUCAGACGCAACGCAUAUUACAUUGGCAUAAGAUCUCGCAAAUGAAGUUAAAAUGUCAAAGGAACAAGUCUGCCGAAGAAUUUGUAACAUUCGAUUCGUCGAAGCUAUGCUGUACAGUGCCGCUUUGCAGCUGUUGCUUCUGACUAUAUUCCUCGUUCUAAUGAAAUUCAGCAUAUUUCACCCGUUCAGCUGGAUCACUGACACACUAUCGGUUUUGCUGUCAUUCCGGACGAUUUUAUGGUUCGUUCCACUGUUGGCCGUUGUACUGUUGUAUGGAAUAUGCCUGGGAAAUCAAUAUCUACAGAAGCCACAGUACUAUCCGACUAGAGCGCUGUGGAUCUAUCAAACAACUUUACCGAAUUGUGCAUUUUUCGCCGUCCACAUUAUCUUCUGCAUUGUCACGGCCUGGAUGCAUUCGAAUUAUUCGAUUGUCAGCCGGGACAACCAGGUGAAUUGUAUGCCGAAUCGGAACUGUGUUCACGAGACGUCGUUGAUGUCGAUCGUUUAUGGUAUAUACGUGAGCUCGUACUACUUCUUCGUCAAAGGACCUAUUGACACCACCUACUCCAUCAUUCAACAAAACGUUUACAUGAAAACCAGAUCAAGUCUGGUUUCGCUAUUGGGCAAAAGCGUUUUGCAGUCGAUCGGACCAUUGUUCACAUACUUGUUGCUGUAUGUCGUUCUGCGCGGCUCAAUCAAAUAUUACAUUGCCGCCACAUUCAAUAUGGACUUCUACGACGCAUCGAUAUUCAAUUUGACGCAAAUCUUUUAUCUGUGGAUUUUGAGCGCACAUCUGCUGUGCAACAUGAUGGCAAUCACAACUCUGUUCAAAAUAUGCGUCGAAAAGUAUACUCAGUUUCCCAUUGUGGACAGUCCACUACAAACGGAUGGCUCAACACUGACACUGAACGAUGCACUUUCAUCGGACAUAGCUUGCAUUCGAAAAUUGGCCAGCUACGAUUUAUUCACUUUGGCCAAUUCAAGCGAUGCUACCAGACGAAUGGAAAUUUUCGCCCUAUCGAUGCCUGGUGGCCAUCCAUACAAUUGGACAACAUUGAGUGCAACAUGCCUUCAACAGAUGGACUCGUAUCACGACCUACUAUCCAAAUCAAUCGAACAAAUAGUUCAAGAUAACAAAACGAACAUAAAUAUGAACAAUCGACUGGGCCGACCAGUGCCGAUCAGUGUCACCGUUGCCGAUAAAGUUCGAUUCCGUCAAUAUAAUUCAAACUAUGGAAUUCGUAACAUGUCCACGACUGGAGUCUAUACCACUGAUACGCCGGCCACCGAGCAAAUCAACGACAUCAUGGGGAAAAUAAAAUCGCGUUAUGCUGCCCUGAAAGCGUACAUCAUGAACCUUCCCGGCAUCUACUACUUCUUCGGCGAGAAGUUUUCGUCGAAAAUUGAUUUUCAUCUGCAUGACGCCGAAACUGUUGCUUGGGUGUGCCAGGGACUGUCUUGUCUUGCCGCCCAAUCGUUGAAGGAAGACAAAUACGGCGUUGUGCACAAUAGUCUGGUGAAAAUUAUGACGUCGCUGUUGAAGUUGAGAAAGUCGGCGGAUAAAAUCUUCGACACAAGGUUGGACAUCCAAUCGUCGCAAUUGAAGUGUGUGCAUUUGAGGAAUACGCUGGGCCGUUGCCUGUUUCAGCUGUGCUCGACGUUCGAAGAAUAUCUGACGGAUCUGAUCACCGAUCCCAACGAAUUACAACAAUUUAUUUCCAUUACUCGAAAUCCAGAAAUAUUGAGUUUUAGCUAAAGACACUGCGUGGUACACCAGAUGAUGAGCAUUUUGUUAAACGAAUUUUCCGAAAGUAAAUUAUUAUAAACAAA